AUGUAUCUCCUCAUAGUGCUUUCGGUUGUUACUGCGUCGUAUGCAGCUAUUUGUCCGACAAAUGACAAUGGCAUGGAUGAUACUAUACGUCAAAAAUUCUUAGAUGUCCAUAACGAGCUGAGAGCCUUGGUAGCUUCUGGACGAGCUAAAGACGGGCUUGGAGGUUACGCGCCACCAGCUGCUGCCAUGGAUAAGCUUAGGUAUGACUGCGAAGUAGAAAAGAUCGCAGCUGCUCACGCAGCUAAGUGCCAAUAUGAACAUAGGACCCUUGAGGCAAGAAAAUACACUGGAGAAAACCUUUUCAUGCAAACUCCUGCUUUCGAUAGUAAAGUUGAGGCCGCCGAAGAAGCUUCGAGAUGGUGGUUCGCCGAGCUCGAAGAGUUCGGCGUAGGGACUGACCUUAUAUACGGUGAUGCCCUGUGGGGUAAAGGAGUUGGCCAUUACACACAGAUGGUAUGGCAAACUACUACUGCCAUUGGUUGUGCAGUUCAAAACUGCGGUGCCAAAACCAUCGUCGUCUGCAAUUAUGAUCCAUCCGGCAAUUUGGACUACGGUACAUUGUACGUAAAGGGAGCUCCAUGCUCACUGUGUCCUGCUUAUUGCUCAAACAAUCUUUGCGUGGAUGAAAAGCCAACAAUAGCACCCGGAAACACAACAGUGGAAACGAAACACUUUGAAGCCAAGCUUAAAGAAAUGAUUGUAAUUACUUGGAUUAGACGUAGACGACCAAAGUAA